AUGCAGGGGAACUGGAGGAUCUUGUUCUCGCACAUGUGUAGCAGCAGCUUCCUUCUGCUCUGGAUCAUCGUCGGCUUGGAUGUGGUGGAGGUGGCGGGGUCCCAGCAAGGGAUCCCUCUGUCAGUUGUAAAGCUCUGGGCAUCAGCCUUUGGUGGAGAAAUUAAAUCCAUAUCUACGAAAUAUUCUGGAUCCCAGCUACUGCAAAAGAAAUAUAAAGAGCUUGAAAAAUCAGUCAGAGUGGAGGAAAUUGAUGGUCUGAAACUGGUCAAAAAUGUGGCUGUAAAGAUGGAGGAAAUGUUCCGGAGAAAAGCAGAGGCCACCAGGCGGCUGGUGGAGGCAGCAGAAGAAGCGCACCAUCAGCAUGAAGAUAAUCCCGAACUGCAGUACGAGUACUUUAAUGCGGUGCUGAUCAAUGAAGUGGACGAUGAGGGCAAUAACGUGGAGCUGGGAGGAGAGUUCCUCUUGGAGCCAAAUGACCAUUUCAACAACCUGUCAGUCAACCUCAGCCUCAGUGUGGUGCAGGUGCCCACCAACAUGUACAACAAAGACCCUGACAUAGUGAACGGCGUAUACUGGUCUGAGGCCCUGAAUAAAGUAUUUGUAGAUAAUUUUGAAAGAGAUCCAACACUCAUUUGGCAGUACUUUGGGAGUGCAAAAGGUUUCUUCAGGCAGUACCCUGGAGUGAAGUGGCAUCCUGAUGAACAUGGGGUUAUCGGCUUUGACUGUAGAAACAGGAAGUGGUACAUCCAGGCAGCGACUUCACCUAAGGAUGUCGUUAUCUUAGUUGAUGUAAGUGGAAGUAUGAAGGGACUGAGGCUGACCAUCGCCAGACAGACUGUCUCUUCCAUAUUAGACACACUUGGAGAUGAUGACUUUUUCAACAUCAUUGCAUAUAAUCAGGAGAUUCACUAUGUGGAGCCCUGUUUGAAUGGCACGCUGGUCCGGGCAGACAGAGCCAAUAAAGACCAUUUCCGUGAACAUCUGGACAAGCUGUUUGCCAAAGGGAUCGGGCUGCUGGGGGAUGCUCUGGAUGAGGCGUUCACGAUCCUGAAUGAUUUUAAUCGGACAGGUCAUGGCAGUGUGUGCAGCCAGGCCAUAAUGCUUGUGACGGAUGGGGCAACUGAAAUGUAUGACAAUGUUUUUGAGAAGCACAAUUGGCCAGAAAGAAAGGUGCGCAUAUUCCCUUACCUGAUUGGACGAGAGUCUGCGUUUGCUGAUAACCUCAAAUGGAUGGCUUGUGCCAACAAAGGUUAUUUCAGUCAGAUUUCCACUUUAGCAGAUGUUCAGGAGAAUGUAAUGAGGUAUCUUCACGUCAUGAGCCGCCCAAAAGUCAUCGACCACGAGCAUGACACAGUGUGGACUGAAGCUUAUGUGGACAGCGCUCUUUCCCAGGCGCAUAAGUUGAAAGAAAAAGCAGGCCCAAGUCUGAUGACGACAGUAGCAAUGCCUGUCUUCAGCACAAAGAAUGAAACGAAGAACCAGGGUAUUCUGUUGGGGGUUGCAGGAACAGACAUCCCUCUGCAGGAGUUGAUGAAGCUCAUCCCCAAACAUAUGUUAGGGAUUCAUGGGUACGCCUUUGCCAUCACAAACAACGGCUACAUCCUGAUACAUCCGGACCUCAGGCCUUUGUAUCAGGAGGGUCAGAAGAGGAGAAAACCAAACUACAGCAGUGUGGAUCUCUCUGAGGUGGAAUGGGAGGACAAAGAUGAUAUUCUCCGCAAUGCUAUGGUGAACAGGCGGACAGGGACUUUCUCUAUGGAGGUGAAGAAGACAGUGGAUAGAGGGAGGCGAGUGUUGAAGAUGCACAAUGACUAUUACUACACUGACAUCAAAGGAACUCCAUUCAGCGUCGGAGUGGCUCUCUCCAGAGGCCACGGCAAAUACUUCUUCAGAGGAAAUGUGUCAGUCGAAGCAGGGCUCCGUGAUCUGGAACAGCCAGAUGUCGCCCUGGCAGAUGAAUGGACGUACUGCAACACAGAGGAGCAGCACGAGCAUCGUCACCUGACCCAGAUUCAAGCCAUCAAGCUUUUCAUGACAGCCCGCAGACCGCACCUCAAAUGUGACAGAGAGCUGAUCCAGGAGGUGUUAUUUGAUGCAGUGGUCACUGCUCCACUGGAGACUUACUGGACUGGACUCGCCCUCAAUAAGUCAGAGAACUCAGACAAAGGAGUGGAGAUCACCUUUCUGGGAACACGCACAGGCCUGUCAAGAACCAAACUGUUUGUAGCUCCUGAUCAGCUCUCCAAUAAAGAUUUCCUGACAGCGGAGGACAAGGAGGGUGUGUUUAAUGCUGAUCACUUUCCUCUGUGGUACAAGAGAGCGGCAGAGCAGGUCCCUGGCACAUUUGUCUACUCAAUCCCCUUCAGCACAGCAUUAGAAAAUAAGAGUGUGGUUUUGGCCAGCACAGCAAUUCAGCUGCUUGAUGACAGAAAAUCUCCAAUUGUUGCAGCUGUAGGGAUCCAGAUGAAGCUCGAGUUCUUUCAGAGGAAGUUCUGGACUGCAUGCAGACAGUGUACAGCUCUUGAUGGAAAAUGUAGUAUUAGCUGCGAUAACGAGGACAUUAACUGUUAUCUCAUUGAUAACAAUGGUUUCAUUCUUGUCACAGAGGAGCAAUCUCAGACAGGACUCUUCUUUGGAGAGGUAGAGGGUGCUGUUAUGAACAAACUUCUCCAAAUGGGGUCCUUCAAAAGGAUCACGCUGUAUGACUACCAGGCCCUUUGCAAAGACUAUGCUGGGAGCAGCGACAGUGCACGCACUUUAUCUGAUCCAUUCUCUGUUGUUAAGUGGCUCCUGACUGAACUUGUCAUAUUUUUGCUAGAAUUUAACCUGUACAGCUGGUGGAACAUAGAUAUUUCUGUUAAAGCUCAAAGAUCCCGGGGCAAAACUACGAUGGUGCCAUGUGACACAGAGUACCCUGCCUUUGUUUCUGAACGCACCAUCAAAGAAACAACAGGCAACAUUGACUGUGAGGGUUGUGUCAGAUCUUUUGUCAUACAGCAAAUUCCCAGCAGCAACCUCUUCAUGGUUGUAGUGGACAACAAGUGUGACUGCAGCAUUUCUCCACUCGUAACCAUGGAUCCAGUCGAAAUCAUGUACAACGAGUCACUAAAGUGUGACAGACUGAAGUUUCAGAAGGACAGAAAGAAGCCUGAAUCAUGUCACCCUUUCCACCCUGAGGAAAAUGCAAUGGAGUGUGGUUCAGCAACACGCCUCUCUGGUACUCUAACAGCAACUCUGCUUCCUCUGAUAGCAGUGACCAUCAGCAGGUGA